AUAAGGUGAGUUAUGUGGUUGCAACUGGCGGGAUGAGCUCAUGAGCAGCUUUGAUGUUUGACUGAAAUUUUGGGGCGGAUGGUGGAUAAUCAUGCCAAGCAUUAGAGUUCCAGCUACCAAGAGAACUACAACUUUAACGGUGGCUGUAAAGUGCCGACCAUCUACUGAAGGAGAAAGCACUCGUGGUAUAAUUAGAAUCCUCAAUGAGAAAGAGGUGCUUGUUUUGGAUCCUGACCUAUCAAAGGAUUACCUGGAACGCUUACGGAAUAAUACCAAAGAGAGAAGAUACUCUUAUGAUUAUGCAUUUGGACCUAACUUCAACAAUGUGGAUGUGUACAAGAAAAGUAUCCAAUCUACAAUAGCUGGAGUUAUUCAAGGGCUCAAUGCAACUGUGUUUGCUUAUGGAGCUACUGGAAGUGGUAAAACAUAUACAAUGGUUGGGAAUAAAGGUGAUCCUGGACUUAUGGUUCUGAGUCUUAACACAAUUUUCGAUCUUAUUAACAAGGAGAACAGCUCUGACAAAUUCGAUGUUACUUGCUCGUACCUAGAAGUGUACAAUGAGGUUAUUUAUGAUUUACUUGAGAAAUCAUCAAGUCACUUAGAGCUUAGAGAGAAUCCAGGGCAAGGAAUAGUGGUUGCUGGUCUAAGAUGCAUUAAGGUGAAGUCAUCUGAUAAAAUUCUUGAGCUUUUAAAUUUGGGGAACAGUAGGCGAAAAACUGAUACCACUGAAGCCAAUGAAACUUCUUCACGCUCACAUGCAGUACUGGAGAUACAAGUGACGAGAAAGCUAUGUGCUAAAUAUCCCAAUCAGGUUAUUAAAGGAAAACUUGCACUUGUUGAUCUAGCUGGAAGUGAAAGAGCAUCGGAAACCAAAAGUGGGGGACAAAAGUUAAGAGAUGGAGCUAACAUUAAUAAAUCAUUACUUGCUUUGGCAAACUGCAUAAAUGCUCUUGGGAAACAACAGAAAAAGGGUCUAGCUUAUGUUCCUUACCGCAAUAGCAAACUGACACGUAUUCUUAAAGAUGGCCUGAGUGGUAAUUCACAGACAAUAAUGAUCGCAACCAUAUCUCCAGUCGAUACUCAGUAUCACCAUACUGUCAAUACGUUGAAGUAUGCUCACCGAGCAAAGGAAAUUAAAACUCAUAUCCAGGAAAAUGUUGGCACACUUAACACCAAUGUUUCAGACUACCAAAGAAUGAUUGAUAGUCUUCAAAUUGAAGUUGGACAAUUGAGGAAGGAACUAGCUGAGAAGGAAUCUCAACUAAGUGCCAUGCCUAGUGAAAAAGAUGUGGACCAUGAACUUUCUUGGUUGGAGACGUUGAGCUUAGAAACAAGUGAAAAUGUUCAUGAGAGGAUAAAUUUACAGAAGGCUUUAUUUGAAAUUGAAGAAACUAAUACCCAAAACCGCACCGAACUGCAGAUUCUUGAUGAAGCAAUUGCAAAACAACAGACUAUUGAAAACAGAGGAGUGGUUGUGCAAAAACUGAGAGCAAGGCGUCAAGUCAUUCUUGACAACAUUCGUGACAAUGAUGAACUUGGUGCAAAAUGCCAGACGGAAAUCAAAGCAAAUGAGAAUCAAAGGUAUGAGCUACAGGCUUUGAUAGAGGAAGCCAUAGGCAACAACGGGAACAAAACGUACUUGCGAAUUCUCAAUCAAUACAGAAUUCUGGGGAUGUCGAACACUGAGCUUCAGCUUGAAAUAGCAAUGAGAGAUCAAGUCAUUUAUAAUCAAAGGGCAGCACAUAAGAACCUAUGGAAUUUACUUCUGAGCUUAGGAAUAGAUGAAAAACAGUUAGUGGAGCUUGCUACUAAAGGAGGAAUAACACUUGAAGACUGUGCAAUGACACCGCAGUUUAAACAGACCGAUUGGGUACAAUCCCCCAAUAUGGGAUGUGGAAGAUGUACUUCAGCUUCUCCAUCCAUUUAUCGGCACCUCACCAACUCAUCAGGGCCUAGUAGUGGUGAAGAUUGCAAUCGUAGCUAUACCGUGCUGAGUUCCCAACAUGGCUUCCCUAACAAACAAUCUUCAGGUGUUCUGCACUACACUCAUGGAAACAAGAGGCCAAUUUCAUGUAUGAAGUGAGAGCUGUAUGUCUAAUGAAUCAUUUGAUCAACCAUUAAGCACCAACAUCAGAUGCCUAAUAUUAGGGAAGAGACAUCAGUACAAUGCUUAUUAUGCUGUGUAGCUCUGAACUGUGAAAAUUAUGCUGUUUGCAAAUUUGUAAAGAAAGAGGGGCUAAAUUG